AAAAUAAGAAAAUAGACAAGAAGUCGGCGUAAGGAGGGCUAAAGCAGCUUCCUCUCCCCUUCUCCGUUCUCCCUCCCGUCCCAUGACAACACGCCUAAGCAAUCCAAAGCAAUCGCUAUAAUUUCCCAGUUUCAGCAAUGGGUGAAGCGUUUCGCUGCUGCCCGCCUCAGAGAAAUUGAUCUGCCGCACCCGCUGAUCGCAAUUCAUUCCCAGUUCUAACCGGAUUUCAAGGGCUUUGAUUGUAAAUAAUCAACCAUGAUUAGCCGGAUAUUCGGAAAGCCUAAGCAGGAGCCCAGUGCUCUUGCCACGUUAGACAAGCUGAACGAGACACUGGAAAUGCUGGAGAAAAAGGAGAAUCUACUAAUGAAGAAAGCUGCGGAAGAGGUUAACAGGGCCAAGGAGUACACUAGAAUGAAGAACAAGAAGGCUGCUAUACAAUGCCUAAAGAAGAAGAGACUAUAUGAACAGCAAGUUGAGCAGCUUGGAAACUUCCAGCUCCGCAUUCAUGAUCAGAUGAUCAUGUUGGAAGGAGCCAAAGCUACAACUGAGACAGUCGAUGCUUUGAGAACUGGAGCAGCAGCAAUGAAGGCAAUGCAGAAAGCGACGAAUAUCGAUGACGUGGACAAGACUAUGGAUGAGAUCAAUGAGCAGACGGAGAAUAUGAAACAGAUCCAGGAAGCAUUAUCAGCUCCUAUUGGUGCUGCAGCUGAUUACGAUGAGGAUGAAUUGGAGGCAGAACUUGAAGAACUUGAAAGUGCGGAGUUGGAAGAACAGCUUCUUCAGCCUGCGACUACGGCCCCUGCAGCUCCAGUGCAUGUUCCAGCUGGACAACGGCCUAUUCGUCCUGCACAGAAGCAAACUGCUGAGGAAGAUGAGCUUGCUGCUUUACAAGCAGAGAUGGCACUUUAAGCAGGUAUUUAUUUACUUGCCCCCACGCGCUGUGGGAUAAGCUAGCUCAAAUUGUAAUUCUGAGGAUUUCCUGCUGUGGCUGGAACUAUCACAUUGGCGCAUGCAUCAAUCCCUUGUGAGGUGGUAGUAGUCAUCAUCGGGGUUUGCAGAUUAAGGUGGAAUGAUCACCCGGACUUGUCCCGUUAAACCUGAACUCUGAUUAUGUGGCUUUGAGAGUUUAUUUUUUAUUUUCUUGUUUAAUGUGAAAACCUAAAUUUGUGCAGCAGACAAAUUAGUCAUUAGUACCUUCUCUCUUGCUGUUCUUCC